AUGGGCUACUGGGUGCAUAUGGAUGAAAACGGCGAUGCUGAAGGAAACUACACUCUUCUGUCUAUGGAUCCGGAGCGCCCCCCGGGACUGUACCCGCUGGCCGUCAUGCACAAAUCAGCGCCGGAGUUGAGAUUCACGAGGGAAAUGAAGUGGCCCGGCGGCCAGGUGCCCCUCUCCGAGCCGCCGUGCGGUUUCAGGGGUGAAAAAUGCGUCAGCCAUGUUGGCGCGUGGGCAUUGGGUGCUUCGGGAGGUACAUUGGCAUUGCUGGCAUUGGCAGCGUUGGCACUGUACCGGGGGUGGCGGUACGAGCAAGAGCUGGACUCGUUGCUGUGGAAGAUUGACUUUCGCGACCUCCACCUGCCCGACGACGAGCAAAAUGACAACAAACUGAAUAGCAGCGCGGCGGUGAACGCCUCGUCGAACGAGAAGGGCGGGGGCGGGAGCACGGGCGGCGCGCGCUCCAGCCAGGUCUCGCUGAGCUCGAACCCGGACCUGGACUUCCGCUACUCGGCCAUCUUCACCGAGGUGGCCUUCUACAGGGGGCGGCUGCUCGCCGUGAAGCGCGUCCGCAGACAGCACAUCGACAUCAACCGGGAAAUCAAGAAGGAGCUCAAAAUCAUGCGGGACUUACAGCAUGAUAAUUUAAAUGGUUUUGUGGGCGCUUGUAUUGAACCUCCAAACAUUUGCGCUCUAUCCGAAUAUUGUACUAGAGGGAGCCUAAAGGACAUCUUGGAAAACGAAGACAUUAAGUUGGACAACAUGUUUAUCGCUUCACUGGUCGGAGAUAUCAUUAGGGGAAUGAUAUUCAUCCAUGAGUCUCCUCUGCAAUACCACGGAGCGUUGCGGCCUUCCAACUGCCUUGUGGAUGCACGUUGGGUUGUUAAACUGGCAGACUUUGGCCUUAGAGAGUUUCGAAGGGGAGAGCUACCACCGUCAGAACCAAACGCAUUGAGAGCCCAUAUUGAAGGUCUGCUGUAUCUAUCGCCGGAACUGCUGCGCGCGGCCGGCUGGGGGAGGGGCGGGGUGGCGGGGGCGCACGGCUCCACGGCGGCCGACGCGUACGCGUUCGGGCUGCUGCUGUACGAGCUGCACGCGCGCCGAGGCCCCUUCGGCCCCGACGCCCCCCCCGCGCCCUCCCUCCUGCGCCGCAUCGCCGCGCACGACGCCCCGCCUUUCAGGCCUCCAUUGGACGCGUUGGCCGGGAGGUUUGACUGCGUGCGCGAGUGUUGCGUCGAGUGCUGGGCAGAAGAGCCGACGGCGCGGCCCGACUUCAAAGCCAUACGCGCCAGGCUUCGACCGCUAAGAAAGGGAAUGAAGCCAAAUAUUUUUGACAACAUGAUUGCUAUGAUGGAGAAAUAUGCCAACAACCUCGAAGCUCUGGUCGACGAAAGGACUGAUCAAUUGCAGGAAGAGAAGAAGAAAACCGAGGCACUGCUCGAGGAGAUGCUGCCGGCGCCCGUGGCCGAACAGUUGAAGCGCGGGCGGCGCGUGAUGCCAGAGAGCUACGAUUCCGUUACUAUAUACUUCAGCGACAUAGUCGGCUUCACCGCGAUGUCAGCGGAGAGCACACCCCUACAGGUGGUGGACUUCCUUAACGAUCUGUACACGUGUUUUGAUUCGAUAUUAGAAAACUUCGACGUGUACAAAGUGGAAACCAUAGGCGACGCGUACAUGGUUGUAUCAGGGCUGCCACUGCGCAACGGCAUCCAGCACGCGGGCGAGGUGGCGUCUAUGGCGCUGGCGCUGCUGGCGGCGACGCGCGCAUUCCGAGUGCGCCACCGCCCUGACCACAGGCUGCUGCUGCGCGUCGGCAUGCACUCCGGACCAGUGUGUGCCGGAGUAGUUGGAUUAAAAAUGCCUCGAUAUUGUUUAUUCGGGGACACAGUCAACACGGCGAGUCGUUUCGAAUCGACCGGAGCGCCCCUGAAGAUUCACUGCAGUGCGGCGUGCAAAUCCCUUCUCGAUCAGCUCGGUGGCUAUAUUUUAGAAGAACGCGGAAUUGUAUCCAUGAAAGGCAAACGUGAUCAGAUGACGUACUGGCUGCGCGGCGAGGAGGCGGGCGCGGCGGCGGUGCGCGCCCGACGCCGCGAGCUGCGCGCCCACGCGGCCCACGCCGCCCACGCGGCACACUCCACGCACGCCGCACACGCAGACGCCCCGCCCCAUGAGCGCCGCGGGCAACGCAGCUCGCUCAAGUCGCGCAACUGGAAGAACCAGCUGGGCGGGCUGCACAGAUGUUGCAGUUUAGAAUCUCCAAAGAAAUUAAGGUUCGCCUCGGGUAAUCACUUAGAAUCUCACACAGACAGCGUGCUUCACCACAGAAGUGAUGAAUAUCUCAUGGAGGUGGUGGGGGAGGGUCGUUUAACGCCGGCCCAACGCAGCGACCUUCUAGAAGCGCCUAGCCUGCGGCAAGAGUUUACGAGCGUGUCGUGUCCUAUUAUUGAGCACGUCGAGAGCGCACCGCCCGCCUCGGAACCGGUAAAGCAGCUCGAAGCUCCGCUCGACAGCCAGCUCGGCGCGCCGCUCGACGCGCCUCCUGAAAUGCCUUGCGACAUCCGCCUCGUCGUCAACGGCUGCACGUACGACAACGACACCGCCGCCGCCAUUCCAUUACUCGCCGACGCU